AAGGGGAACGGCUGAGCUGCCCCAGAGGCUGCUCACUCCACCGGGCAGGCUGCUCGCUGCGCCCGGCAGCCCGCCCGCAGCCCACAGGCUAAGGAGUCGUUCCUGGCGAGGAGGAAGAAGGCUUAAGGAAGGCACAGUACCAGCUCUGGCCCUGACUCCGGCUGGCAGCAUCACCUCCUACCAAUUUAUCCAACUUCUGCUGAGGCUCUGAAAUGCCAACGAUGUCGAGACCUGCACUUGAUGUCAAGGGUGGCACCUCACCUGUGAAGGAGGAUUCCAACCAAGAGAUGAGCUCUCUAGCCUACUCUAACCUGGGGGUGAAAGAUCGCAAAGCAGUAGCCACUCUGCACUACCCCGGGGUAGCCUCGAAUGGAACCAAGGCCAGUGGGGUUCCCACUAGUUCCUCUGGAUCUCCAACUCCAAUAGGGUCUCCUACCACCACCCCUCCCACUAAACCCCCACCCUUCAAUCUGCACCCUGCCCCUCACCUGAUGGCCAGUAUGCAGCUGCAGAAACUUAAUAGCCAAUAUCAUGGGAUGGCUGCAGCCACUCCGGGCCAACCAGGGGAGGCAGGGCCCCUGCAAAACUGGGGCUUUGGGGCUCAGGCGGGAGGGACGGGGUCACUCUCUCCUCCUGCUGGUGCCCAGAGUCCUGCUAUCAUCGAUUCGGACCCAGUGGAUGAGGAGGUGCUGAUGUCACUGGUGGUGGAACUGGGACUGGACCGGGCUAAUGAGCUUCCAGAGCUGUGGCUGGGGCAGAAUGAAUUUGACUUCACUGCAGACUUUCCGUCUGGCUGCUGAUGCCAACUGUCCCUAAACAUGAAGGAAUAAAGCCACCAAUUCUGUUGUAAAUAAAAAUAAAAGUUAC